AUGAACUGGGAAGAUGAGCUGAGGACCUUAGGCAUCUUCCGCGUUGCAAAGAAAAGAAACUCUCCGCUCAGGAAGAAGCUUUCGAUAAUAAAGAGGUUGAAGAAUAUAGGUCCAGAGGAGGUGGAGUCUAUCAAAAGUGAUCUUGCCUCGGAGGACAUGAGCAAAUUCACCUCGGAGAUGGUCUCGUCCUUGCUUUUAGGACGGGUGCAGUCCGGAGAUGAUAUCAAAAACGUUGUGCGCGUCACAUCCGCGCUUGUAGUGUGCAAUGACUUUGUAAAGCAGCUGAUGUCUGAGCUUGGAAAGGCCAUACGGCGCGGGAUACAUGACAUAGAGAAGUAUUGGCUUCCCGCCUACUUUUUCGACAUGCAGAUUCUAAUUCAGAGGACGGCGGGAAGAGACGAGGGGAAGGGAGGCUUGAUCCGGGAUCUAUGCAACAAGAUAGAUGAGAGGCCCAGAAUUCUUUUUCUUGCAUACUUGGCGGAGAACCACAAGGAUGAGGCGAGCCGGGUCGAGAUCGGCAAUCAGUCCAGAAAGAUAGGCUCUCUAGCCAUUGACGAUAGCAGUGACAGACUUGCAGUAGCAGGCAGGUCCCUUGGAAUAGAAGUGCGUGACAGAGGAGGUGGCUUCAACAAGAUCAUCGGUGUGGAGGAUGAGGAGUUUCGCUACUACACUGGACGCACUGGGUCGCUGGAGUGCUAUGACGGAGGCCUGGACGUGAGGGAAAUCAGGAGUUAUAUCAUUAGACAUUCUGGAGACGCAGAAAAGCUGGAUGCGCUGUCGAAGUCCAUAAGAAAUGCGAAUGGCCAGAGAGAGAUCGUUUCUAUUCUUAUGCAGCUGAAGCUCAAUCCCAACCUUAUAACAAGCAUAGCAAGGAUACUAAAGAACAUGGGAGCUGUUGCAAAGAAAGUUGUUACAGCCCUUUUCAAGGAGAUAUACCAGGCGAGAAAUACCAGCCACAACGAUGUGUUGUCGAACUGUCUACUUAUAUCCGAGAUGUGCAAGUUUCGGGAGGUUUCCCCGGACGAGAUCUUUGCACUUCUGGACCACUUCUUCAAAACCAAGAACAUCGAGGCAUACUGUGUUUGCCUGAACGGGGUAGGGCGGUAUUUUCUUUCCAACGAAGCAACCAGCCACAGGAUCCGGGGGUCCAUAGAAAGGAUUAGGAACUGCAGAUCUUCUCGGAUGGAUUCCAUCUAUAUAAGCAACUGCCUCUCGAGCCUCUUCUCACCCUCCCAGGUAGCACUUUGUGCUGACUAUAGAGGAUUCUUCAGAUACUUCUUUAGGAAGGGGACCUUCGACAGAAAUUCCUUUCUGUGGAGCUGUCUUAUCAGAAGCAAGGCCACGCUUAUAUCGAUGUUCCUGCAUCCCUGGGUUUUCGAGGACACUGACUUUGUGGCUUCUCUUGUGCACCUUGCCGGAGUAAGUGAGCAUAUGAUGAAAAUGAUAGUUCCUACCAUUGAGAUUAUGCACAGACACUCGAAGUACAGAUGUGUUGCUCUUGUCAGGUUGUAUUCAAGCCUGUUGCAGUUUGAGAGCAGGGAUUCCUGGACCCAUAUUAUCGACAGUGCAUUCCAGCUUGAAGCAGACAAUGUUUUCAAGUGCAAGGUGGUCAUGAUGCUUCUCCAGAAAAUGCCUGUAGACGUCCAAAGACAAUAUGUCCCCGCAAUUAGAGCCUACAUAAGCGAGGAAGAAUCCCUCGAUCUCAGAAUUCUUUUCUCCAACUUCUGCGAAAGCAUUGGAGUAGAGGCUUCAAAUGUGGGCUAUGACGACAGCUUCGACGAGGAACUUGAUUUUAUACGGUCCUAUGCAUAG